CUAACAUACAGAGGAAAUGAACGGCGAGCAGAGAAGAAGAAACUUUCCCUGUAUUGUAUUGAAUUAAUGUGCUAGCCUGAAGAUUGAUACAGUCCUUAAUCAAAGUAACAUAUUUGCUGCGUUUUGAAUGUUAGUAUUUUCCGGGGACAAUGUCAGGGAUACCGCCAGACACAUGGCAGCCUCCAACAGUGGCUUUGGACACGACAAUGGGGACCGUUGUGGUGGAACUGUAUUGGAAUCACGCACCAAGGACGUGCAAGAACUUCGCAGAGCUGUGCCGAAGAGGAUACUACAACAACACGAGGUUUCACCGGAUCAUCAAAGACUUCAUGGUACAGGGAGGAGAUCCCACAGGGACAGGUCGUGGUGGUGCCUCCAUUUACGGUAAACAGUUUGAAGAUGAACUGAGUCCAGAACUGAAAUUCACAGGUGCUGGUAUUCUGGCGAUGGCCAAUGCUGGACCAGACACUAAUGGUAGCCAGUUCUUUCUGACCCUGGGACCCACUCAGUGGCUGGAUGGAAAGCACAGUAUUUUUGGAAGGGUAUACCAGGGAAUGGGGGUGCUGAACCGGAUUGGGAUGGUGGAGACAAAUGGUCAGGAUCGCCCGGCUGAUGAUAUCAAAAUUAUUAGAGCUACUGUUCCAAAUUAAGCAGAUUUCUGUUUUUGUUUUUUUUAUUUUUUUUUAAAUAAAUAUGUGUUCAAUUUAUAAA